AUGUUGAUCAAGGUACGAACGUUGACCGGCAAGGAGAUCGAGCUCGACAUCGAGAAUGAGUACAAGGUCUCGCAGAUCAAGGAGAAAGUUGAGGAGAAGGAGGGUAUCCCGCCCGUCCAGCAAAGACUGAUUUAUGGUGGCAAGCAAAUGGUUGACGACAAAUCAGCGUCAGAAUAUGGUCUUGAGGCGGGUGCCACGCUCCAUCUUGUUCUCGCUCUCCGUGGAGGUGAGGCUUCAGACUUGUGUUGA